AUGACGACUGUCACGUCUUUUGAGGGCGGCAAAGACCGCGACGAAGAGAAAAGCGUGACGGGCAGAGUGGAGAACCAGAGUCACACGGGGAACAGUGUGUCGUGA